ACUCAAAUACUUGAGUCAAUCAGUGUAGAUAAGAAUGCCGCAGUGAAUGGUCAGUUUCCCGGCAACUUUUAUUCUGAAAUAAACUUGAGGCGAGUUGUUUCAGUUUUCUGUCAACUUUCUAACCUGCUGUGAUUAAAGGAUUCUGUUUUCUGCGCAAAUCCUGUCCGUAUAAUUUGCUGGAUAAAUAACGCAAGUCGAUAAUAAGUUGUGUGAAAAAUGACGUCACUAGCGAUGUUGAGCAGGGAUGUACCUGAUAUCGAAAAUCUGCUGCACAUCAAUCCGAAGUUAAAGAAUUACACGAAUUUUGUGCCUUCGGCGCACACCAAGCAGAAUAAGCAACAUUGGAAGAGAAACAUCCACGAUAAAUGUGAUGGCUGCCUGCCCUUAACGAAAAACUUUGAUGACAUCAAGCACACUACCCUGAGUGAGCGCGGAGCUCUGAAGGAAGCGGCGCGUUGCUUGAAGUGCGCCGACGCGCCUUGUCAAAAGUCCUGCCCGACGCAGUUGGACAUCAAGUCCUUCAUCACUUCCAUCUCCAAUAAGAACUACUAUGGCGCAGCCAAGGCGAUUCUCUCGGACAAUCCGCUCGGUCUCACCUGCGGCAUGGUUUGCCCGACCAGCGACCUUUGCGUGGGCGGAUGCAAUCUCUAUGCGACCGAGGAGGGACCUAUCAACAUCGGUGGUCUUCAACACUUCGCCUUAGACAUUUUCAAGCGGAUGAACAUCCCACAGAUCAGAAUUCCUGGUCAAACGGUACCUCAUGCGAGCACGAAGAUCGGCCUGCUCGGUUGUGGACCAGCUUCUCUCUCCUGCGCGACGUUCCUCGCUCGACUCGGCUACGACGAUAUUACUAUUUUCGAGAAGGAAAAAUACAUCGGCGGCUUGAGUUCUUCCGAAAUACCGCAGUACAGACUCCCGUACGAUGUCGUGAAUUUCGAGGUCAAUCUCGUCCGCGAUCUAGGUGUGAAGAUCGAAUUGGGAAGGUCGCUGUGCGAAGACGAUCUCACGAUACAGAAACUGCAAGACGAUGGGUACCAGGCGAUCUUUCUGGGGAUCGGGCUACCCGAGCCGAAAAAUAUACCAAUCUUCGAAAACCUCACGCCUGAGAUGGGUUUCUUCACCUCGAAGGGUUUUCUACCCGCUGUCGCGAAAAGCAGCAAACCGGGGAUGUGCGCUUGUAAGAGUUACCAGGAACUACCGUCUCUCCGUGGCAACGUGAUCGUACUCGGUGCGGGGGAUACCGCUUUCGACUGCGCCACUUCCGCCCUCAGAUGCGGGGCGAAGAAGGUGUACGUCGUCUUCCGGAAAGGUUUCACCAAUAUCCGGGCAGUUCCAGAAGAGGUUGAUUUAGCGAAAAACGAGAAGUGCGAAUUCAUACCUUUCCUGUCGCCGAAGCGAGUGAUGACUCGAGGGACGCUUCGUAACAGGAUCAUCGGGAUGGAAUUUUGCCGGACCGAGCAAAACGUGAAAGGCGAGUGGAUAGAGGACGAGGAGCAAACGUUUAAACUAAAGGCGGACUUCGUGAUCUCGGCUUUCGGCUCGGGAUUGUACGACACCUCCGUCAGGUGUGCCAUGGCACCUGUCAAGAUGAACAAGUGGGACCUACCGGAAGUGAAUGAGGCCACGAUGACGACGUCCGUACCAGGUGUGUUCUGCGGAGGUGACUUAGCUGGCGUCUCCCAGACGACCGUGGAAUCCGUGAAUGACGGCAAGACAGCUGCAUGGUACAUUCACAAGUAUAUACAGGAAUCGCGCGGUUUGACAGUACCGGAGAGUCCGCAACUACCUAAGUUCCACACCGCCAUCGACGAGGUCGAUUUGAGCGUCGAGGUAUGCGGCAUGAAAUUCGAGAAUCCCUUCGGUCUGGCUUCCGCACCACCUUGCACAAGCAGUGCGAUGAUCCGACGCGCUUUCGAGACCGGUUGGGCUUUCGCCGUCACGAAGACCUUCAGCUUAGACAAGGAUCUCGUCACCAAUGUGUCGCCGCGCAUCGUAAAAGACACGACGUCCGGUUAUCAUUACGGACCCGAACAGAGUAGCUUCUUGAACAUCGAGCUGAUAUCUGAAAAAACCGCGGAUUAUUGGUGCGGAAGCAUCACAGAAUUAAAACGGGACUUUCCUACGAAGAUUGUCAUCGCGAGUAUCAUGUGUACGUACAACAAAGGCGACUGGACCGAGCUGGCGAGGAAAGCGGAAGCAGCUGGUUCUGACGCCUUGGAAUUAAAUCUGUCCUGCCCUCAUGGUAUGGGAGAAUCCGGAAUGGGUCUGGUUUGUGGUCAGGAUCCCGAUCUAGUCAGGAACAUCUCCAGAUGGGUUCGCGAAGCCGUCAAGAUACCAUUUUUCGUGAAAUUAACGCCCAACAUCACCGACAUCGUUUCCAUCGCCAAAGCAGCUUACGAAGGUAAGGCCGAUGGCGUGGCUACGAUCAACACCGUGCAAGGAUUAAUGGGGCUGCGCUCUGACGCGACGCCGUGGCCGGCGAUCGACUCCAAGUUCUCGACGUACGGCGGAAUAUCGGGGAACGUUAUCAGACCGCAAGCACUCAGGGCUAUCUCGAUGAUCUCGAAGCAGAUCCCGGGAUUCCCGAUAUUCGGCAUUGGCGGCAUCGAUUCAGCCGACGUCGCCCUGCAAUUCUUGCAUUGCGGUGCGUCGGUCGUCCAGGUUGGCAGCGCCAUUCAGAAUCAAGACUUCACCUUGAUAGACGAUUAUGUGACCGGUUUGAAAACCUUACUAUACCUGAAGAGCCUGGCACACGUGAAGGGAUGGGACGGCCAGAGCCCGCCGACAUUUAAGCAUCAGAAAGGCAAGCCUGUCUCCUUGCAACAUGCUCUCGGCAAAAAUGUGCCGUACUUCGGCGAGUACCAAAAGCUGCGCGAGCAGAAGAUAGCCGAGUUGAAGGCGAACUCGAGCCCCUUGAACGGAGUCGUGGAGGUAACUCGACCGGCUCCGGCACCGAUCAUGCCGACACCCAGUGUCAAGGACGUAAUAGGCAAAGCGUUGACCAACAUCACUAGUUACAAAAAAUUGGAUAACAAGAAGCAAAUGGUCGCCUUGAUCGACGAUGAUAUGUGCAUUAAUUGCGGAAAGUGCUACAUGGCUUGCGCGGAUUCCGGGUACCAAGCGAUCACCUUCGACUUCGACACCCACAUCCCCAAGGUAACGGAUGACUGUACCGGAUGCACGCUCUGUUUGUCCGUAUGCCCGAUCAUCGAUUGUAUCACCAUGGUUCCUAAAACGAUACCGCACUAUAUCAAAAGAGGCGUGCCACUAAAAAAUACGCUUGAGCUGUAGUAAGCGAAAGUUCCGUGUGAGACGCUUUCAAGAAACGCCGAAAAUGACUUACAUUAAUAUGCGUAAAAUGUUAUUUGCGGAAUAGUCGAAAAUUAAGUGAAGAAUGUUUAUAAUGGAUAAAUGAAAGAACAAUGUAUAAACGAAAGGGACAACAUAUCACAAAUUAUUUUUGUUAUUAAUAAAAAGUUGACAAUGACCUAUUUGAUUGGUGAAUAAUAAAAAGUGGUGGAAGAAGUAAAAUCAAA